AAAAAAAAAAAAAAUCUGUGUGUCCUUUGGGCUUCGGUGCGCUCCUAUUUCUUCAAGUCGCACAUUGAGUGGCAGCACUCGACCCAGCCCAAUCGAGUGCUUCUUCUUGUCGGCCUCGUCUCUGCUCUGUGUUAGUUGCCUCAUCGUAACCAUUCCAGGAGCAGAAGGUGAAGGGGCUUUGGGGGAAACAAAAUGGUGGUUGCCAGUUCUAAUCCGCACCACAGGGAAAUAAGUAUCAGGAAGAGGAUUGCGAGCAUAUUCAAUAAACGAGAAGAUGAUUUUCCUUCUUUGAGAGAAUACAAUGAUUACUUGGAGGAAGUAGAGGAUAUGACGUUUAACUUGAUCGAAGGAAUAGAUGUCCCUGCUAUUGAAGCCAAAAUUGCACAGUACCAGGAAGAAAAUGCUGAACAAAUAAUGAUUAAUAGAGCCCGCAAGGCUGAAGAACUAGCUGCAGCUCUAGCAGCAAGCAAGGGUCAUCCUGUACAAAAUGAUACUGAUGUGGCACUGAACCAAGGCUUUCAAGCAGGAUUUGGUACUGGUAUGCAGGGGCAAUAUGCACCUACAAUUUCUGGACAACCACGACCAGUAGGCAUGGGAGGCCCGCAACCACUGCCACUCGGAGGGGUGCAUGAUAUGCAUGGAUAUGAUGAUGAAGAAAUGAUGCAGCUGCGAGCAGAGAGAGGUCCAAGGGCAGGAGGGUGGAGUCCAAUGAUAAGCAGGAAGAGGGCACUUGAAGAAGCCUUCAGUAGCAUUUGGAUUUCAUAGGACCAUAGCUUCUUAAUCUCUGUAAUGUAUUAUGUAUAUGGCCAAGCUAUUUACUUAUUCAUGAUAAAGAAUUUGUUUGUCAGAUUUUUGACAUGCGGCGAGGUUUAAAGUUAUACCUUCUAAAGUUAUGACGAUCAAGUAUUGUAAAAUUGUCCUAUUUAUGUACCAGGAACCAUUAACAUCAAA